AUGGCCGCCAUCAAACCCCCUUCUGUCUCCAUGUCCCCCAUCGGGGAACAACUCCCAUUCGAACUCGUCCAGGAAAUUCUCACCCGCUUCACGCAAGACCUCCUCCGGUUCGAUUCCGGCUCCUCCAGCCAGAGGGAAUGGUGUUGGUGGGGUCGUGAUUGUCUCUUCAAGACGACCACCAUUAAAUCGGGUAAUCGGAGAUGGAACGAUGACGAUAACUGGAGGGACCAAGAACACUUGGUGACGUAUCUGCCCUUUGUCAUCCGGAAGGAUGUUGACUUGAAUACGGAGGUUUAUGAAGCAGCUCAGCCGCCCUGGGAAGGAAAAGUUCUCUCUGGUUGGAGAUUUGACGCUAUCGACAGGGAUGCCAUCACCCCCUCCUUUGACUCGGAAUGGGCAAUACUCACCCUCCACGAUCCCAUCUUUGCCCACGACAAUCAGUUUCGCACCAGAUGGGCCGACGCUGAUUGCCAUACACCCAACGCCCUCCCCCUACCUACCGCAGUUUUAGCCGCUUGGCACAAUGUCAUCAGCUCCGGAGAAACCGAUCGGCUGAGCAUCGAGCUUGUCUCAUCUUCUGGGAUUGGAGCUGCUAGAUGA